AAACCACAAACAAAAGCAAACAGUUUUUCUAGCCAAAAGUUUUGUGUCACAUUCCGGAUUAAUUUAAGCUGUUUGUGUUCGGUUUUUAAUGUUAACUGCGUUUGUAACAUGUUAAUCAUCCGAGUGAAAUUCAUGUGCUAGUGUGUCCCGAAUGAAAUGAACGAAUCCAGCAGUGCCAACGAAUCGGCGGCGAGCACAUCCCGUGGAUUCCUGAACGCGACCAGCUACUCGCUGAACGACGACAGCGAACUGCUCGGCGAUGAAAGUGUCCUGCAGCUACUGGAUAAGCCAUUCUCCCAGCUGGUCGAUGGGAUGCAGCUGCGGAAGAACGAUAGGUAUGCGGGGUUUGAUAAUAACGCCGGUGACAGUUGGAUCUAUCCGACGAACUACCCGGUCCGGAAGUACCAGUACUCGAUCGUGCAGGCGGCUCUGUUUCGGAACACGCUGGUGGUGCUGCCGACGGGAUUGGGGAAAACGUUUAUCGCAGCGGUGGUGAUGUAUAAUAUUUAUCGGUGGUAUCCGACGGGGAAGGUGAUAUUCAUGGCCCCGACCCGGCCGCUGGUCAACCAGCAGAUUGAAGCAUGCUAUAAGGUGAUGGGGAUUCCGAAGGAGGACACGGCGGAGAUGACGGGGAAGCAGCAGCGGAAGAAUCGGACCGGGUUGUGGCAGAGCAAGCGGGUGUUCUACGUGACGCCGCAGGUGGUUCUGGCGGAUAUAAAUUCGCCGGAGCAGAAUUUUCCGACGGACGAGGUGAAGUUGGUGGUCGUGGAUGAGGCUCACAAGGCGAAAGGUCGCUACGCCUACACGGAGGUGAUCAAGGCGAUCGCCGCGACUAACAGGAAUUUCCGGGUGCUGGCAUUGUCGGCGACUCCGGGUCGGACCCUGGAGGACGUGGCGGAAGUGGUCAGGAAUCUCCUCAUUUCGCACAUCGAAGUUCGGUGGGAGAAUUCCAUCGACGUUUCGCCGUACAGUUUUAAGAAGAACAUCCGAACGGUUUUGAUUCCGUUGGGUCCGAAGCUUUCCCGGAUAAGGGAGCAGUACAUGGAGAUUCUGGAUCCGUACGUGCGGCGGUUGCAGGAGGAGAAUGUGAUUUCGGGGCACGCACGGUCUUUGAGCCGCGGUUGGUUGAUCAUGGAGCAAAAGCGGUUCCGGGAGGCCAAUCUGAUCCAACGGCAUCCGAACUACUCGGCGAUCAAUUCGGACUUGAUCACGUGUGUGAGCAUGUACCACGCGUUGGAACUGCUGGUCCGGCAUGGGAUCCGGGCGUUCUUGAACUUCUUCGAGGACGAGAGCAAUCGGACAGUGGAAAAGUACUUUGUGGCGAAGGAUGCCCGGUUGAAGGCUUUCCUGGACGAUCUGCGGGAGGAGUACGGGAGGAAUCCGUUUGCGAUAUUGGCGGGGGCUGGUGGCGGAGAGGUCGGGGUGGGGCAGCCGCCGGCGAAGGUGGAGAAGGACGAGGGAAUCGACUUUGGACAUCCCAAGUUUGCUAUCUUGGAGAGGCAUUUGAAGUCGCACUUUCAGAACAACCCGGACUCGAAGGUGAUCAUCUUCUGCGAGUACCGCGAUUCGGUCGCGAUGAUUCACCGUCUUCUUUUGCGCAACCGUCCGCUGAUCAAGCCGAAGUGCAUCGUUGGCCAGGGCGGCACCGGUGGAGGUCUCCGAGCCGUUACGCAAAAAGAGCAGAUCGCCGCCAUGAAGGACUUCCGGUCGGGGGCGUGUAACACCCUGAUCGCGACCUGCGUGGCCGAAGAGGGCAUCGAUGUGGGCGAGGUGGAUCUGAUCGUGUGCUUCGACAUCACCAAGAAUCCGACGCGGUUUGUGCAGCGGAUCGGACGAACCGGGCGGCAACGCGUCGGAAGUGUGCUCAUGUUGGUGACUGAGGGCAAAGAGCACGACACGCUGAAGGAAGUGCUGGCCUUGAAGGAUAAGACCAAUCAGAAGCUGUCUAGAAGUCGGGAGAUUCUGACGAUUUUGUACAGACAGUCGCCUCGGCUGAUCCCCACCGAGUUUGACCCGAAGUGUGUGAAGACCUUUAUUAAGAUUCCGGAGGAGGCCGAAGAACCGGAGAGGAAAGUUAAGAAGGGCCGAAAGAGGAAGAACAAUGAGAAUCAGGGAGGGGAUGCGGUGGGAGAUGAGCAGCCGGAGACGAGGAAAAAGCGGAAGAAGGUUGAGGCACCGAGAGGGACCCAAGAUGUACGGAACUUCUUUCGGAAGGUCGAUACGGAUCUUGACGCCACGGAGCGUGAAAUCUUCGCAAGUCCGGAGAAGGAUGUCUCGAUCAAUUCGGUGGAUACGUCGCGAGGGAGUUUCCGUGUGCCGCAGGAUGCAUCGUUGAGGCUGGGGAAGACCGAUCAGGAGCAGGAACUGGAGAAGAUCAUUAAGCCACUUCUGCGUCACAAAGCUAGGAUUGACAGGGAGCAGUUUCUCCGGGAUCGUAACGAGCUUUGUAUUCAAGAAGAAAAGAUUUCCAAGUCCAUCCUUUGUACAAGUCCUCUGAAGAAACUCUUCCUGGAAGCAAACCUUGGAUACCUGAAGGAGGCUAUCGAGAAAAGUGAAGUUUUGCAUGCAGUCGUUGGCGAUGAAGAGGACGAUGACCUAAUUGUGUUGGAUGAUCGAGGUGACUGCCUCAAGUCGGAGAUCAGGACCAUCGAAAAUCUUUUUGGUGGACGAACUCUGCUCAAGGAUCGAGUCUCGGAUAUUGAAGACUACAGCGCAGCUAUUAACCGGCUACGAUCGCCGGAAAAUAAAGGAAAAGUCGAUCAACCGGAAAUUUCGGAAGAUCAGGUAACGCAGUUCAACGAGAUCUUCGCCAGGUUCUCCACUCAUUACCUCGAAACCAACGUUUCGCAUCACCGCCUCAGCCCUGAACCUCCCAAUUCUCCUCUGUAUCCUGAAGUGCCAUAUGAUCCCACCACUUCAAACCUCUUCGACUCGCAACUCUUCCUCCCACCGCUCCCAGAACCAGAAGAAUCCCGCUACCAACCGAACCCGGCAGAUCUUCCCGAACCGCCGCCACCUCCGGACGACGAAACCCCAGUGAACCGCCACAAAGCCAAGUCCCGAACCGCACACCUCAUCAAGAGCGAGAACCCAGCGAGAACUCCCGCCGACUACAACAACAGUCCCCUGUUGAGGGCGUUCAACCGCUCGAUCCAGAAAGCGAAGAACUCCGACUACGCCUCGCCGUUAACCAGCCGACCCAAGGCACUGAACUUCCGCAUGGUGCUGGAAUACUUCGGGUUGGACGAUCUGGACCAGGUGUUCGAGGAACCGACGGAAAACCCGCCGCCUGCAGAACCCUCAGGACGGAAAUUCCUAGAUCGCUUGCAGACGGUUGCAGAAGACGAAGAACCUGCGGCGGUUGAGACUUCCCUGACGCAGCAGAUCGCCGAGUUGAGCAAAAGUCUUUUCGACCCUAAAGACCUGGAGAUGCAAGCGCAGGAGGCCGCCUUCCUGGCCGGGGACUUCGAUCGUACGGUUGAAGGUUCUCCGGUGAUCACUGCGAGCGAAGAAAAUAGGGAUCUUGCCAGGAAGGAGCUCGAAGCUCUUGAGGCGGACUUCCUGGACGCUGACUUCUCUGCCGCUGAGCGCGUCAAGAGUUCAUCAACGAAAACUCAGAUCCCGAUCGAGGACUUUCUCCGGGAAAACUUCCCGGAUGAGAAAACUCAGGCAGUGCCGUGUUCGGCCACUUCCGUCAGGAGCGUUCCCAGUAGUGACCUGUUUCCGCUGAGCGCGGCAAGCAGCCGGAAGAAGAAGGAGCUCGACCUGGACAUCUCGGGUUGUUUGGAGGAUCUGGUGGGCGACUCCGGCGGAAGCGAAGAAGUUGUCCCGAACUCGCAAGAACCUCCGCCAGCGCCACCACCACCGUCUAAAAGCCAAGCCCGGCAAUCUCAGAAAAAGAAUCUGGUUGUCGGCACCCUGGAGGAUCUUCUGGCGGACAGCGAUGACGACCUGUUCAAGAACAGCUGCCCAUCGAAGAAAUCCGCCGACAAUUCGGACAGUACCGUUGACUACGAUCUGAGGGACGCCCUCGCGAGUGCCACUUCCCAGAAAGAGAACAUUCCGAUCGGCCAGCUGCCUAGUACGCCCACCUCCCGGCGAAAAUCGGACAGCAAACCUCAGGAAUCGCCCCAGGUCGUGGAGCGAUCGCCGUCUCUCCUACGCAAGAAGUUGAACUUCACGCGACUUCGGCUUAGCCGAACGAACAACACUGGAACGCUGGAAGUGAACUCGGCACCGGUGGUUCGAGCUCCGGACUCCUCCGCUUCCAACCACCACCAGUCACCGUUCUUCGCCUCCUGCCGGCCAGGAGGUGAUCGAGAGGAGCAGGGCUCCCGUUCUAGCAGUUUCCGACAAGAACUGGAACGGAAGUUUGGAUUCCAGCAACAGAUUCAGCAGCAAGACGAUCACUUGGAGGGAUCUCAGCCCGAAAUGUCAAUGAUCGUGCCCAGAAGCAAACGAAAAGCGUUCGUCGUUAGUUCCGAAUCGGAGGGAGAGGGCGCUGGCGCCGGCCAUGAUCGGAAGCCGGUGGAAAGUGACGAAGACGACGACGGAGAUGUCUUCCAGACGGCAAGAUCGAACGUGAAAUCCUCGUCGGAGACGAUGAGACCACCUCCGACAAUCUUCCGACGACCGGAACGCCGAAAGACUCCUCCGAAGUGGCAGCAACCGAGCAAGCGACGGAAACGGAACCAGCGUCCGGACUUUUUCCUGAGUCAAGCUGCGGUGUCUGACGAUGAUGACGGUGAUGAGGAUGAAGAGGACGAAGCUGACGACGACGCAUUGUCCCAGUUUGUGGACGAUUCCAUCAUCCACCACGGACCGGUGGAGGAGGACGAUCCGGAUGCGAUGCGGGCCAAGUACUUGCAGUCGGUUAGGAGUCCCAUCCGCCGACCGGGAGGUUUCAAAAUCCCCGCCGCCCCGUCCCGGUUCGUCAACACGUUGGACAUCUACUCGCAACCGCCGGAUCGCCAUCACCAUCAACAAUCGAUGUACGAGAUGAAUUCCUUCCUGGUGUCCGAAGGGGAAGAAGACCUCGAAGGAUCGGAAGAGGAGGAAGACGAGCACGAAUUCCCGUUGUCACAAUCCCGCAGCCGCAGCACCCCGGAGGAACUGGACGAACUGGAACAGGCCGAAGCCAUUCUGCGGGAACGGCGUCGGGCCCGGCGACUGCAGAAGCACCUACCCAAAGCCAAACGACGGCGGAGGAAAAUCAUGGAUGGAGGUGGUGACGGAUCCAGCAGUUCCGACGACGAAGGCGAAGAACUGAGGGCAUUCCGGCGGGAGAUUCACUCGAUGCCGUCCGAUUAGAACUAGCGCUGGAAGACUUGUGUGAGUACAAAAUUGUGCUGUGAGAUUGUGUUAUGCUGGGAAAGAGAUGUUUUAAAAACGAA